UACCGGAAGUCAAAUUUCAUUGGAUUGUUCAUUCCUAGAUACGAAUUUCAAACAAGAAAACACACAAGUACAGCAGGCUAACAAAAAGAGAAAUUAUGGCAACUCAAAAUACUGACCCGAUGGCCGCAACCACUUCCAACAGAAAUAAGGACAACACAGAAAAAAUGGGUUCAGCAAAAGACAAUCAUUCCGUCAGCAAAAGAUUACAGCAGGAGCUGAUGACACUUUUGACAUCCAAUAACACAGGGAUAUCAGCAUUUCCCGAUGGUGAUAAUUUGUUCAAAUGGAUAGCUACUUUGGACGGAGCCACAGGAACGGUAUAUGAGGGUCUUCGUUACAAACUUAUCCUGGAGUUCCCUAGCAGCUACCCCUACCAAGCUCCAACUGUCAAAUUUGACUCGCCUUGUUACCAUCCAAAUGUGGAUCACCAUGGGAACAUCUGUCUGGACAUCCUCAAGGAGAAGUGGUCAGCUUUGUAUGAUGUUCGAACCAUUCUUCUUUCACUCCAAAGUCUUUUAGGAGAGCCAAACAUUGACAGUCCCCUCAACAUCCAUGCUGCAGAUCUGUGGAAAAACCAGACAGCCUACAAAAAAUAUCUCCACGAAAAGUAUGAAAAAGAUGUUCGCAGCAAAUCGACGUAGCAGACAUACAGCUACCUACAGAAAUCUACACAGGACUGGUUAUUGUGCAAUAAUUUAUUGACUUGUUAGAUGGUGUAGAUAUGGAGAUACCAUGGUUGAUGGACACAUACUCGAUGUCAAGGAAUAUGAUUCAGAAUCUGGUGUGAGGCGUGGUUCUUACAUUAUGUACAGGAAUGAAUAACUGCCAACGUUGUCAGCCAGAUUGUUGGCUAAUUUAUUAUCAUACAUACAUUUUGUAUCUAUUGAGGAAGCAGUUUUUGAGUGUUGGACUUGAGAUACAUUUAUUAUUCAACUGGAGUUUUCUGUCAAAUGUCAGAUAUAAAAUUUGUUAUAUUUGAAUACUAUAAAUUAAAAUUUAAACUAAGUUCGCUGAAUUAAUCAUGAAUAAGGUUCAGUACUGCUUCAAUAUACCAGGUAACUGAUAUGUACUACAUUGUGUGUCUAAAUCUCAUAUCUCAUCAGGAUCAUGUUUAUUAGGAAUAACUGAAAAGUUGAAAUUCACUCCUGUUAACUGAAAAAAAAAACAAAAAAAACUGAAAUAAAAAAAACUCAAUAACAUUAAAAAUAUAGAUUUUAUGGAAGGUUUGCUUUGACAAUUAUAAUCAUAAUGAAAAAUCAAUGUUUAAUGUCCUUAAGUGUAUCUUAAAAUGCUUCCUUCUUCAUGGAAAUGUUCUAAUGCAUUGAACUACUGCAUUGCUGACUUUAAUUGCUUUAAAUCUUUUCUGACUUAACAUGCAAAACUAUUGUGUAUCAUUGGAAGGCAGAGCAUUACUGUGCAUUGACUCUGAAUCUGCCUCCAGAAUUCUACUGUAUACAUAUUUCUUUAUGCCAGGAAAAG